CUGUUUACUUCCUGAUCGUGUCUAUCAAAAAAUGGCCUCUCUUGACAGGGUAAAAGUGUUGGUUUUGGGAGAUUCCGGGGUUGGCAAGUCUUCCUUGGUCCAUCUGCUGUGUCAGAAUCAAGUUUUGGGAAAUCCAUCGUGGACUGUUGGCUGCUCUGUAGAUGUGCGGGUUCAAGACUAUAAGGAGGGAACCCCAGAGGAGAAAACCUUCUACAUUGAACUCUGGGAUGUUGGAGGAUCCGUUGGCAGCGCCAGCAGCGUCAAAAGCACGAGAGCAGUCUUCUACAACUCGGUUAACGGAAUUAUAUUGGUCCACGAUCUGACCAAUAAGAAGUCCUCUCAGAAUCUGUACCGUUGGUCACUGGAAGCUUUGAAUAAGGAUUCCUCUCCAACUGGAGUCAUCGUUUCAAACGGUGACUAUGACAGAGAGCAGUUUGCAGAGAAUCCGGUGCCUUUGCUGUUGAUCGGGACCAAGUUUGACCAAAUUCCAGAAAACAAGCGCAGUGAAGUUCUCACUCGGACGGCUUUCUUGUCUGAAGACUUCAAUGCAGAAGAAAUCAAUCUUGACUGCACCAACCCCAGAUACCUGGCUGCAGGCACCUCAAACGCUGUGAAACUCAGCAGGUUCUUUGACAAGGUAAUAGAGAAAAGAUAUUUCACCAGAGAUCCCAGUCAGAUGACUGGCUUCACAGACAGAAAACGGUUCAACUUCAAAAGUUUGCACUAUGACUGAGACCUGUGAUCAGACCCCGCCCACUCAGACACGCGCUGGAAGUUUAUAAAAGCUGGAAAUGACAUUUGAAGAAGGUGCUGAGGACAGAAUGAAGAGGCAUGCUUUGAGCUUUUUAUUACACCAUCAUAAAUGAGACCACACGUUUUUAGAACAUAUGCUUUACUGCUCCUCUGACUCGUGCAUCAUUCCUGCUCCUCCAUUGUUUGCUUGAUCCACGGGAUGAAGGAGCUGACUUUAGUAUAGACAUGCGGGUACUGUGGAUUAUUACAGUCCUCUGCCCAGGUGAAGGCUGUUAUACCCUGAGGCUUUGUGUUGCAGAUAAGUGGCCCACCAGAGUCUCCCUACAAAGAAAGACUUGAUUGAGCGAUCUGUGUAAAGGUUGCACAUUUUUGUCAUGAAUAAAAAACUAAACCUGUAUUUGAGUUAUUA